AUGGCUCUUUUUCUCUGUUCUCUUCCUCUUCUUCGAGUGCUUCGACUUGUUGAUGGGGAGAAGAAGCCACCAAUGGGUUAUAUAUAUGAAGCAAUGGAGAAGGCAAAGGAAUGCAUCAUGAAAAUAUUUUCUAAUGAUGUGAGCAAAUAUUCUGAAGUUUUUAAAAUCGUUGACAACAUAUGGAAUUGCCAACUUCAUCGUCCGUUGCAUGCAGCUGGUCAUUUUCUGAAUCCGGAGUUGUUUUAUGAUAAUCCUCGCAUUGAAUUGGAUUUAGAAGUUACAAAGGGAUGGUUUGAGUGCAUCACUAGAUUGGUGCCAAGUAUAGCUGUGCAAGAGAAGAUAUUGGAGGAGCAAACACUAUAUAAGGCCGGCUAUGGACUUUUUGGAUCAUCCUUUGCAAAAUCUCAGAGGAAAAAGAUUUCACCCGCAUUUUGGUGGCGAACAUAUGGGCAUGAAGUUCCAAACAUGCGAGACCUUGCUAUCAAGAUCUUGAGCUUGACUUGUAGUGCUUUUAGAUGUGAGCGCAAUUGGAGUAUAUUUGAGCAUAUUCAUACUAAGAAAAGAAAUAGGCUUGAUCAUGAAAGGAUGGGAGUUUGGUCUUCAUAA